UAUGCUCUUUUUAUUCGUCCAUUCAAGAAUAUCAAUCAUAAAAGUUGAACUAGUUAUCUGGAAAGCAUGCUGUUGAUCGUACUAGUGUGGAUGGAAUAUCUGAACAACAGGAAUUAUAUUUACUCUACGCGUGGUACAUAAGAUGAUAUUCAUAACGGCAGAAAAAAAAAUUCAUGGAUUGGUGUAAUGAUUCUACUCGUCAAGCUUGCAAGUGUAUGGUGAAAUUGAAUGAAUAUUUGUUACUUGUAUACUGCUGGUUUCCGCUCUUCUGUAAUCAACAAACGUGUCCCUAUUGCUUUUAUGCUUACAUCUAAUGAAAUAGUACCUGACAUGGUUAGAGUAGGUCAAGGCCAACAAUAAUUUGAAUGUACAGCGUGUGAUGAUUGAUUGCAGUAAUACCGAAAUAUCAGGUCUUCGAUCUAUCUUCAAUGAUGGUGUAACUAUUUUAUUGUGUCACUGGCACAUCAAACGUGUAUGGGAAAAGAAUUUGACAUCAAAGGUGAUGAUCAAGUAUGAAACUCGACAAUUAUUGGAUGUAACUCGUAUUAAGUUGAAUGAUAUGAUGCAUGCAGUUUCAAACUUAUUAUUGAAUGCUGUAUUUCACACCAACAAGUUUACGAUAAUACAAGCAACUUAUUCAGCUCAAUUGACUCAACCUGGAGGGCCGUAUCUGGAUAUUGAUAAGAAGGAACUGUUGAACGAAAGAAUACGUCAGUUUUAGGAAUGUUAUUGAUGAUAUCGCUCUCCCCAAUCAUCACACAUCUGGACAAUCAUGAUGAUUAUUGGUAUUUUAUUGGUUU